CAUCCUAUCGAUAAGGGUCUGAUAGCCAAGGUGGAGGAUGGGAAAAGAAUGGAGCUGUCCCAGCUACUCAAUGAGAUCAGGGCAAACUAUGAAAAGCUCCUCACCAGAAAUCAGAUAGAGACCGUGCUCUCAACAAGGAUCCAGUUGGAGGAAGAUCUAAGCAAAAAAAUGGACAAAGAUGAAGAGGCUUUAAAGGCGGCUCAAGCAGAACUCAAGGAAGCCCGACGCCAGUGGCAUCACCUGCAAGUGGAAAUUGAAUCUCUCCAUGCUGUGGAAAGGGGCCUUGAAAACUCCCUACAUGCCAGUGAACAACAUUACCAGAUGCAGCUGCAAGACCUAGAGGCAGUGAUUGAAGGACUAGAAAAAGAGCUACAGGAAGUAAGGCGCGGCAUUGAAAAGCAGCUUCAAGAGCAUGAGAUGCUCCUCAACACGAAGAUGAGGCUAGAACAAGAAAUCGCAACUUAUCGCCGCCUCCUGGAAAAGGAAGAAAUCAGAUAUUAUGGUUGCAUCCAAGGUGGGAAAAAAGAACAAAAACCUACCACAAGUAGAGUUGGUUUUGUUUUACCUUCAGCCAUUAUAAAUGAAAUAUCUUUUUCAACAAAAGUCCCACAGAAGUAUGAGGACGAAAAAGUGGAAACAGUGACCAAACAAGCAAUAUUAAAUGGAAAUGUCGUGAAAGAAAGCACUGAAGCUCAUGGCACUAUUCAGACAGAGAAAGUGGAUGAAGUUAUUAAAGAAUGGGAAGGUUCCUUCUUUAAAGAUAACCCUCGAUUAAGGAAAAAAUCUGUUUCUCUUCGAUUUGAUCUUCAUUUAGCAGCCACUGAUGAAGGGUGUUUACAGACUAAGCAGGAUAAUCUACCAGAUAUAGAAGUCAGGCUUAUCAUGAGACGAUCAUGCAGCAUUCCCUCUAUCAAACCUCCAUCAGCAGCUAAUUAAUCCAAAGACAGUAUUUGACUUGAUGUGAAAAUGACAUUAGGUUGGACCAAGGUAGGACUGCUGACCACCUUCUGUCCCAAAAUGUUAAGUUACUAAGUAUGUAUGUUAUGACCAAUGUAUGACUCUUCAGAAAAAAAAACGGGGGGGGGGGGGACAAAAUGUCUCUGAAUCUAAUUAUAGGUGUAUUUUUUGGACAGAGGGAGCUUAAAAUCAGAAAUUUAGUACAGUUUCUAUUUUAUUUAUUCUCCAAAUAGUCUUCUUUUUCCCUUGAAAUUUUUAUCAGAGACGGUAAGCAUUAAGAUGGUUUAGUUAAGCGUUUGAAAUUUCACUCAGUGGCUGAACAUUCUAAGGAAAAGGGAAUAGUCUGUUUAAAUAUGAUUGUAUUAUGUUAAGAACCAAACUGAGUUAUUCAUCAUUAUUCCAUGACCGGUUAUAUCUAAAAAGAUUUUUCUACUUAAAAAAAGAAAGCAAUUAUAAAUGAACCUUUAAAGAGGACUAUUCACUUAACCGAAUGUUUUCCUUUUGAGAUAAUAAUUUGCACAGGUAGAAAAAUAACAGUUAUUUUCUGCAAGAUGUUUUGAGCAAACUAUAGAACACACCCCAGGGCUAAUUUGAUGAUUAAAUUAAUCUUCAUCUGAAAGUUUUUUGCAAUCAUUAUCUGAUUUCCAGAGAGUUAACUUUAUUCUAAGAACUUUAAAGUUUGUGUCCUCCCCCACAAAAAAAUCAGAAGUCCAGAUGCACAAAAAGAACAUGAAAGCUAGUUACUCCAAUUACUAGAACAGUUAAUCCAACCUCUCACCAUCCCAACUUUUCCAUCUGUAAAGUUAAAUGUGAUUAAUUUGAGUCUCUGAUGCAAGCAUUAAAGAUACUAUAUAAAGUAUUAUAAAUAUUUCUUGCAAACAUUUAUGUGAAUUAAGAUAACAGGAUUGUUAUCUAAGCUAAGAGUAUUUGCAGGAUUUAUGUUUUUAAAUUGUUCAAACUCUAAUAAGUAUGGAUAGAAAAUAUAUUUGUGAAUAAGUCAAGUAUUGUUGCAAAGUUUUUUAAACAACCUAAUUUGUUUAAUACAGGUAUAUUUAAAGACCUUAAAUAAUAAAUACCUGUUUUAAAACAUUAGAAAUUUAUAGGUUACCAAUUUUUUUCUAAGCAGAAAAAAACAUUG